AUGGCGUCAAUGAACUGGCUGGAUUUCUCUCUCUCCCCUCAAGAACUUCCAUCACAACCUCUAAAUGAUGAAGAAGAUCACUCUCAAACGGUGACCCCUCUCCUUGGUUUCAACUCCCACGAAAUCUCAGUCACCGAAUGCUUUGAUCUCUCUUCAUUUGCCUUAGUAGAAGCACCCAACAGAAACAAUACUCAUCAUAUAACUCCUCUAGAUUAUUGGAACACAAAGGGUUUGGGAACUUCAUGCAGCAGUAACCAAAACAUGGACAAUAACCAACAACACCCGAAACUCGAAAAUUUUCUUUUGGAAAAACCGGCAACCGGGGGUGGCGGUUGUCCAAAAAACACCAACUCUAUAGGGUUGUCCAUGAUAAAGACAUGGCUGAGGAAACAAAUGUCAUCACAGUCAGAUGCUGCAAACACAUCACUUUCCAUGAGCACUACUAGAGUGUCAGAGUCUGGCACAGUAGCAUUGCCCCUUCUAACAGCGGGUGAAGAGAGUUCCUCCUCGAAGAGUAAGCAAAGCGGAAUUCUUAAUGUUGACACUGUGUCCAGAAAAUCCGCUGACACAUUUGGAAAGAGGACUUCCAUAUACCGUGGUGUAAGCAGGCAUAGAUGGACGGGUAGAUACGAGGCUCACCUGUGGGACAAUAGUAGUAGAAGAGAGGGGAAAACUAGCAAAGGAAAGCAAGGAGGUUAUGAUAAAGAAGAAAAAGCAGCUAGAGCGUAUGAUUUGGCGGCACUGAAAUACUGGGGAGCAACGACAACAACAACAAAUUUUCCAGUAAAUUUUAUGUUCUCACUCUGA